UGGAGUGUUGGCUGAGGAAGUAUCUUCGGUGAGUUUACAACUCACUGUUGGGUCCAAGGUUCAACUAGGGUCCAAGCAAUAUGAUGAAGAUCAGGAGGAGCCUUUGGCUUCUCUGCCUUUUGGCUGUGGGGAUCACAGCCCGCCCUGAUAGCGCUGAGCCGGCAUCAUCACCAGUGAGUGACGAAAUCAGAUCCGCGCAAUUGCUCGGAUCUUCAUCAUUAGAAUCAGACGAAGCAGCAGAUACCCCAGAUGACUCAGAAUCCAACGAAAGUCGCAUGUUCAAUCCUGACGAGCUAAUCAGCUUCGCUCCGGAGCUGUUACAAAAAUGCCGUACGGAAGGUGACAUGUACUAUGAGAAGAAGGGCGGCAUAUGCUAUGUAUGCGCUUGCUUCAACAGCAUAGGACGCUUGUACUCCAAGUGUGCACCUUGCAACCUGUGCCCACAGCCUCGCCCUCUUCCUCCAUCACCGCUGCCAGUGUUACCGAUACCGUUACCACAGCCGCUGCCGUUGCCGCCAGUGCAGCCGUUGCCGAUACCACUGCCGCCACUCCCACCACUGCCACCAUUCCCAAUACCUCGCAUUGAACCCAUUCCUCCACCGCCCCCUGCACCUAAGCCGAAACCUCAACCAUCAGAGAUAUUGUACUGUCCACCUCCUAUGUUCAUACCUGGACCACCGCGUCCAUACCCAGUACCGGUACCAGUCCCAGGUAAACCCAUAUUGGUACCUGUACCCGUACCUGUACCUGUUCCGGCUGAAAAGAUUUUCAUUCGCGGGCCAUCUGUACCUGUCCCUGUACCAGUGGAGAAGAAAGUAGCUGUACCAUACCCAGUUGACAGGCCGUAUCCAGUUCCCUCCCCGGCUAAAUUGGUACCCUACCCUGUACCAAUUAUAAAGAACGUGCCAGGACCUGAAGUGAAAGUACCGGUACCUGUACCAUCUCCUCCUAUCCGAGUACCUUACGCGGUGAAUCGCUACAUCACUGUUCCUGGCAAAGAUAGACUUAUACCUGUACCAGUACCUGUACCGGUACCUGUUAAAGUACCUGGAGAAACUAAAUACUACCCAGUACCGGUCAUCCUAUACGUAGCUCCCGAAUGCAGGACCCAAAAACCGCUGGUACCAUUCCGCGUGCCAUCCGAACCGUGCGUGAUCUUCGUCUGCAAAGUUGUGUACAACUACGUCUACAUCGAAUCGCAACCUGACCCCAAAUGCGUAAUAGUACCAUCAGACGACUCGGUAGCACCACCACCACCACUAAUCAGUCCCGGUUGGGGUUCAUCCACAGCUAUAGCUAAUGCUAAUGCUAACGCUGGCUCCAGUGGGUACGGAUCUAGUGACGCCAGCGCAUCAGCCAAUGCAAAUGCGAAUUCUGCUGGUUUAUAUCCAGGAGCCUACGGUCCCUAUGGCUUUUUCCCUGGUUCCAGUUCCAGUGCGUCAGCUGAUGCUUCAGCCAACUCUGGAAGCGGAGGCUACGGAGGAUUAAAUUGGGGUAGCGCUAAUGCUAAUGCCGCUGCAAAUGCCGCAACCAACGCUGGUUAUGGAAGUGGAUACAGUUCAGCAGAAGCUCAAGCCGCAGCUAAUGCCGGAUCUGCAGGUUUACUAGGUGGAUGGAGUCUAGCUGACGCGCAAGCAGCAGCUAAUGCCGCAACAUCAGGCUACGGAGGCGGAUACAGUUCAGCAGACGCUCAAGCUACCGCUAAUGCUGGAUCAUCAGGUUUAGGAGGUGGAUGGAGUUUGGCUGACGCGCAAGCCGCUGCCAAUGCUGGAUCAUCAGGCUACGGAAGCGGAUAUAGCCUAGCGGAUGCCCAAGCCGUAGCUAACGCCGGAUCAGCAGGCUAUGGAGGCGCAUAUGGUUUGGCAGAUGCUCAGGCAGCAGCUACUGCUGGUUAUGGCAGUGGAUACAGCUUGGCAGACGCUCAAGCUGCAGCAAAUGCAGCGGGCUAUGGAAAUGGAUACAGUUCGGCAGACGCAAACGCUGCUGCUAAUGCUGCAACUAAUUCUGGCUAUGGACCAGUGAUAAGUAGCUAUGGAGGAGCAAACGCUAAUGCCGCUGCUAAUGCAGCAACUAAUACAUGGUUAAAUGGCUAUGGGGUAGCAAACGCUAAUGCAGCUGCAAAUGCUGCAACCAACGCUGGCUAUGGAGGUGGAUACAGUUCAGCCGACGCGCAAGCCGCAGCUAAUGCCGCAUCAUUAGGGUACGGAGGUGGUUACAGUUCAGCAGACGCUCAAGCUGCCGCUAAUGCAGGAUCAUCAGGCUUUGGCGGUGGAUGGAGUUUGGCUGAUGCCCAAGCUGCUGCCAAUGCUGGAUCAUCAGGCUACGGAGGAGGAUGGAGUUCAGCCGACGCGCAAGCCGCUGCCAAUGCUGGAGCAUCAGGUAUUGGAGGUGGAUACAGUUUGGCAGAUGCCCAAGCUGCAGCUAAUGCCGGAUCAUCAGGCAUAGGUGGCGGAUGGAGUUUGGCUGACGCGCAAGCAGCUGCUAAUGCCGCAUCAGGCGUUGGUGGGUACGGAGGCUACAGUGAUGCUAAUGCUGCAGCACAAGCUGUAACUAACGCCGGAUCUGGUUAUGGAGGAGGUUACAGUAUCGCAGAUGCCCAAGCAGCAGCCAACGCUGGAGGAUAUGGUGGCUUGGGAGGUUACAGCGAUGCAAGUGCCGCUGCACAGGCAGCUGCCGCCGGCUAUGGUGGAUAUGGAAAUGCUAAUGCUGCUGCUCAAGCUGCUGCUCAAGCUGCUGCUAACGGUUAUGGUGGAUACGGAGGCUACGGCGAUGCCAGUGCAGCUGCCGCUGCCGCUGCUGCUGCUGCUGCCGCCGGCGGCUAUGGAGGCUACGGUGAUGCCAGUGCCGCUGCUGCCGCCGCUGCUGCAGCUGCUGCCGCCGGCGGCUAUGGAGACGCUGGUGCAGCGGCUGCGGCUGCUGCAGCUGCCGCUGCUGCUGCCGGAGCAGGCUAUGGAGACGCUAGUGCAGCGGCUGCGGCUGCCGCGGCUGCCGCAGCUGCGGGUGGUGCAGGCGGCUUCGGAGAUGCAAGUGCAGCUGCCGCCGCCGCCGCUGCCGCUGCAGCAAAUGCUAAUGGCUAUGGUGGCUAUGGAGGAUCAAACGCAAUUUCUCAAGCAUUGGCGAACGCUGGCUUCGGCAUUCGAAGCGGGGAACCAGAUGACCAGUCUAGAUCCGGACAGUUAGAUGAAUCAGAUGAUCUUAUAGCUUCACAAGAAGCUAGGAAGAAACGUAACACUGAGCAACGCAAACCCAAUCUCAGAAUGAGAGCCUAAACCGAAUAUCAGGAACUUUCUAGACUUACCACAAGUCAACACAAUGAUCUCUCGACAAACAUGGCAUGAAUCUGGAAUCGAUUUUGUUUAAAUUUAAUUGAAGCAUCUAGAAAAUGACGAGCAAACUUCAUACUUAUAUGUAUCUAUAAUAAAGCAUUCAGUGGGUUA